AUACUAGUGCUCACACAAAUACAGAGUGCAAAGUUUGCGUCAGACAGGACACACAACAGUUGUGCCAGUCAUCUGUGGUCCUCAGAAGUGACACGCUUUUGGAUUUCAGCUGCUCGCAGCCAGAGAAUGUAUUCACCGUACAGAUCAUCAUAGAUAAUGUGAUAUAUAACAUCGAACCCAAAGAAUACAAUGCUUUUCAAAAGUUCAAUCGCACCUUCAUCUGGAAUCUGAAGCCGCCGGCUACAAAGAGCUUACAUUUGAAUUUCACUAGUACUGGUUUACGGCAGAUUCAGCCCACAGACAGCUGCCCAGACAAACACGUUUACAUGCUCGCAGUGGAGGAUGUCAGCGUUGGAAGGUUUUGUCCGAAUGGAACUAUUAGACAAGUCGAUGUGCGUCACGUUGGCAAACUGUCUUUGGAAGUGUCUGGAGGUCGAGCUCUGGACAAGAAGGUUAUCGGUGUGUCACUGGGACAUCUCAUUAACUCACUGGCUAAUUUCCAUGUUGUUCUCCCAGAGAAGAGUUCAACCCAGGACUUCUUUACCCCAAUCGCUUUUCCUGAAAAUGCAGAGACAAUGUGGUAUUUUACUGUUCCCCACGCGUACUACACUGAUGUGCGCAUUCUGAGCUACACUGUCCCAACAUGCCUCCAACCUGAAAACAUCCCUACAAUGAAGUACACUUGGCAGGGCAAAGAGCCUCUGGUGAAACUGAUGAAUGUAAGCCAGCCGUCGGUGGAGCCUGGAAACUUUAAUCUCUCCAUAAAGAACUGCAAAAUAUCUGGGCCACAGCCUCCAUCGCAAGGCCUAAUGGUGCACGUCCAGAUCUCUGCCAUCAAGAGAAGCAAGGGUUAUUCCGUGUCAACUCAACCAGAGGCCUCUGGCUAA